CGACCUCUCUUCCAUCACGUCCAAAACCAGCAGUGCCUUCAUACCUCUUCCCAGGUCGGGAUGGUGGUGGUACCGAUUCAGGUGCCACGACUCCCCAUGAACUGAGUGAGGAUGAAAGUCCAGAAUACUUUAGCACCAGUAAAGGCGGACACUUGGCAGAGGCCAUGCGAAAAGCUGCUCCGCAGCGGAAAGCCACUCCUGAAGAUAUCGAUCGAUGGAUCCGCGAAAGUGGAAUGACCAGCCAUAAAAGAGCAGAUCCCCUUGGUGACGAGGCUGGAUCCGCCGAUGACGAACUUUCGGAUGAGAAUGGCCCAGUCUCCCCAAAAGCAGUAGCAAUUCAGGUCGGAGACCUCGAAGCAGCAGAAAAGGAGGACAAGGGACUGAGAGGCAGCGUGUACUAAUCCUGUUUUACCAAAAGACGGCAUCAACGCUUGACGACUAUACGACUCUUACGCACGCAUCGACGAAAAAGACCAUAGACAUGUGUUAUUCAAUUGUAGAACUGUCGAGAGCAGCAGGCCGGCCACCUGAUCCCACCAAAUAUUCCUUUCGCCGGUUUCACUAAUGGAGCGCUUUUUCGACGCUUUC